UCCCCAACCUGGAAACGUUUAAACGGCGACGUCAAAAGCUCCCUGGGCUGCUUCAUCGUCCUAGAGAAAGACAGAGGGUUCUAAAGAGAGAAACUGUUGAGUUCGAGUUUGAGCUUCUUCUUCCUCAGUACAUGAACCCUAGAAAUCAGAGCCAGCGAGCGAGAGAGUGAAAGAGAGAGAAUGGUGGGGCCAACUCUGGUGGGUCUGCAAGACCACCUGAAGCUGGCGAGAGAGUACGCAAUGGAAGGGCUCUACGAUACCUCCUUGAUCUUCUUUGAUGGUGGCAUUGCUCAGAUCAACAAGCACCUAAACACACUUGAUGAUCCGUUGAUUCGCUCGAAAUGGAUGAAUGUAAAGAAAGCACUUACCGAGGAGGCAGAGGUUGUGAAACAAUUAGAUGCAGAGAGAAGAGCAUUUAAGGAAAGUCCCUUGGGCCGACGCCCUUCGUCGCCUCCAAUUCAUGCUAAGUCGUCAUUUGUUUUUCAACCCUUAGAUGAAUACCCAACUUCUUCUGGUUUGCCCAUGGAUGAUCCUGAUGUGUGGAGGCCACCAAGUCGGGACACUACAGGUAGAAGACCUGGAAAGGCUGGCCCAGGUGGUAUGAGGAAGUCACCACAAGAUGCAACUUGGGCUCGUGGCUCUGCUACAAGAACAGGCACACCUGGCCGUGGUACAAAGGCUGGUGGAUCAAGUAGGUCUAACUCAGUGGUUCGAACAUCUACUACUGGAAAGAAAGGCACUGGUUCCGGCAAAUCUAGCAAGGCAGAUUCAGCGAAUGGUGAUGCUGAAGAUGGAAAGUCAAAGAGGUCACAGUACGAGGGACCGGAUCCUGAUUUGGCUGAAAUGCUUGAAAGGGAUGUGCUGGAAACCAGUCCUGGAGUGAGAUGGGAUGAUGUUGCUGGUUUGACUGAAGCAAAAAGACUUCUAGAGGAAGCUGUUGUGCUUCCUUUGUGGAUGCCUGAAUAUUUUCAGGGAAUUAGGAGGCCAUGGAAGGGUGUUCUUAUGUUCGGUCCUCCUGGAACUGGGAAGACGUUACUUGCUAAAGCUGUUGCUACUGAGUGUGGAACAACUUUUUUCAAUGUCUCGUCUGCUACUUUAGCUUCAAAAUGGCGUGGAGAGAGUGAACGUAUGGUACGGUGCUUAUUUGAUCUUGCAAGAGCUUAUGCGCCGAGUACAAUAUUCAUUGAUGAAAUUGAUUCACUUUGCAAUUCCCGGGGGGCAUCAGGGGAGCAUGAGUCAUCCAGAAGGGUGAAAUCUGAACUUCUAGUUCAGGUUGAUGGGGUCAACAAUACUGGCACAAAUGAAGAUGGUACUCGUAAAAUAGUGAUGGUUCUGGCCGCUACUAACUUUCCAUGGGACAUAGAUGAGGCACUCAGGAGGAGGCUGGAGAAGCGUAUAUAUAUUCCGCUACCAAAUUUUGAGAGCCGUAAAGCCCUUAUUCGGAUAAAUUUGAAAUCUGUCGAGGUGGCUCAGGACGUAGAUAUUGAUGAUGUGGCUCGCAGAACAGAGGGAUAUAGUGGUGAUGAUCUCACAAAUGUUUGCCGGGAUGCUUCCCUGAAUGGGAUGAGGCGCAAAAUAGCUGGAAAGACGCGUGAAGAGAUUAAGAGCAUGUCCAAGGAUGAUAUCUCAAAGGAUCCCGUUGCCAUGUGUGACUUCGAAGAAGCCUUGCGGAAGGUCCAGCGGAGUGUUUCUCAAGCUGAUAUUGAACGGCAUGAGAAAUGGUUUAACGAAUUUGGAUCAGGAUAGAUCUUAUCAGCGCAUAUUGUAGGUGAUAAAUUGAUGCACUGCAUGGUCGAGUUUCUGAGUGAUUGUGUCUUGUUUUCCUUGAUCUUUUCCUUUGUAUUUAGGCAUAAAUUUAUUUGUGCAUUCCAAGUGUUGGAAAGGUGUCAUAGUGUUGUGCCAUUUUGUAUCUGUAACCGUGCCUGAGUAUAUAAUCUGCUUCAUACUACUAAUACACUGCAAAUUUCAUUCAAUGAUUUAUAACUUGACAUUCA